AUGCCAACUUCUGUCAGUAACCUCGUGGACCAGAACGGCCUCGUGGUCGGUCACUGGAAGGUUGGCAUCUGUGACUGCUGCACGGACGUCGUUCCGAACGCCUGCAUGUCGUGCAUCUGCCCCUGGGUCUCGCUCGCACAAAUCGUCCACCGCAUCGGUCUCUACUCGUACUUCAGUGCGCUCGUCGUCAUUGGCGUCGUCUACCUCGCGCCAGCCAUCGGCUCGCUUGCCUAUGUGGCCACCGGGCUUAUUAUCUGGGUCAUCCGCAACAACGUCCGCCGGGUGUUCCAGAUCCGCGGCAACGCGUGCGAAGAUUGCUUGUAUGCGUGUUGCUGCAGCUGCUGCACCAUCGCGCAGAUGGCCACGCACACGGACGCGUACAUCAAGGGAGCCUUCUGCAGCUUCAGCCCCAAAAACACGCUCCCGGGCUACGUCCAACGGUGA